AUGGACGGCCCCCAAACACCUCGCCACUGCGGCGAGAGAGGGCAACUUUUGGACCGGUGCGUAUCAAUCAAUGAUCGUUAUAAUAAUUUACAACAACAAACAAAAAAAAUCGUUGCAAACGUUUACGUGCUCAUUGUGCCGCGCAAAAGGCUGGCGGAUAUUCGCGAGGAUGUGGGCGAGAGGCGUCGUGGGGAGGUGGACCUGAGGCGCUCCCUGGCGGAGCUGGCGCGCGAGUCCCGGCAGACGCGUGGCCACCUCGAGGAUCAGGCGGCGGCGCUGCAGCUCCUCCACGCCGAGAUGCGACAGCUCAUCCGCAGGAGCGACGUCGAGGCCAGAUCAGCUGUGGAGACGUUGCAGAGAAUAAGUGGAGAAAGGCACGUGACGGAGUACUCCAGCAAUCAUUUGAAAAGCAUGCUUGAGCACAGGUUUUCUGAUAUCCACAAUGCAUUGCUAGAUAUUCGAAACAAGCAGGCAAUGGUGGAAUCUGAAAAAAGAAGUCUGAUUCAGACUAUGGAGGCAAGGCUGAAUGAACUGAGCACAGCCCAAGUGGAGCACGACCGCAGGCACGCGGAGACGCUACAGGCCCUGCGCGGACACAUAGAGGAGCGACAGCAGGAGACGGAGGGACAGGGGGCGCUCAUGCAGGUAUUUGGUGUCCCAUCAAAUGCAACGUCGUGCUCCCCUACAUCACACAAUGAUGCGUUACGUUUUGUACAAUGUUCUACUGCAACAUCUAAAUUGUUCUAUUUGGCUGUUCAAUUGUGUCCGACAUUGUCCUAUCUCGGAAGCCAAGCAGGGUUGACUUUGGAUAGUGAUUGGAUGGGUGACCACCUUGCACAAAAGACAGGUGUAAUGGGCUAUACGUGAACAUAUUAUACAUAUUUUAAUACAAAUAUAAUUUACAGCCUGUUGUCUUUCACUACUGGAUGCAGAUCUCCCUGUGCCAUCUCAGUCAUGGGGUUUCGACCAUUCUUCACCGUGUUGGUUAGUGCAUAGCGGUUGAGGAGGUACCUAGGACCAGCUCAAAUAUAAUUUGGCACUGACAUUAGAUGUGGCCAGGAAUACAACUCAGGUGGCUGGUUUCGUAGCGCAGUGCACUAAUUACUGUACCAAAACUCUACCCCAAAUUAAUGCCCGCAAAACUAUACCUCUUGGUUAAACUUCAAAGUGAUUGCCUUAACUUUGAAGCGUUUACUAUGUAGCCAUGCAAUGUACCUCUUUAAAUGGAAAUUUGUAGAAUCUGGCCAGGGUUUCAGUUCGUGUGACAUUAUUUAAAUGAAUAGGCCGUACUGAAUUGCAAUGACUUGAUUUGACUCAAAUAUAGAAUCUCAGCAUGCAUUUCUGAUGCCAGAAGUAUUAAAAAGUUUUAUUAUUUUUGUAGGUCACGGUUGUUGGGCCUUGAGGGCUUACACUCCGGAGAAUGUGGUGUAAUAUGGUGCUCUGUGUGGGUGUCAGGAGUGCUUUUAUGUAAAGGUGCAAGAACAACACUUCAGUCAUAGCUCUACUUCAGUGUGCAGCGGCAGAAGCCACGUAGUUUUUUUUUUUUUACAAGAUGAGUCCUCAGCUAUUUGAAUUAUAACUACAUACAACUUUAAAUAUACAAUUCGCACUUGACUGCAACAUGAAAAUGUGAUUAAAUUGUUUCAUGUAACAUUUCACACGUUUAACACAUCACCAGAAAUAUCAUUUUAGUUCUUUUUUAUGAAUCAUUGGAAUAAUUUAAAAGUAAUACUUUGAAGGAUUUAUGAAGGGAAAAAAUCAUAGCAUUCUUUAUUUUUCGUGUUAAACCUAGAAUUAUAAUCCACCAUAUGCUGUUAACCAUUGGCAUCCAAAGCGCGCAACAUGAACCUUAAAGUACGUUUGAUGAAUUCAGCAUUGACAAUGAUCAAUAGUCCAUACAAAUCUCAAAUGAAAAAUAGCUGAGGGCAUGUUCACAUAUGUUGUUGCAUCAAAUAAUUUAACUUCAAUCAAUAACAGCACCCUCUAGCCUAUGAGAGGUGUAAGUAAUAAAAAAAAGUAACCAUUAAAUUAACCUGCUUUGGAACGUGCUUGUUUUGAUUAAAUCCGGCCUGCAAAGGUCAAAGUGGCGAAAUGAAAGCCGCUUUGAAGGUCGAAGUGGCAAUUAAAAGACGCCAGGAAGGUGGAAGCUAUAUCACGGUUCGCCAUUCGCACUUGAGUAUUUUUUUAUUUAUUCCCACGCAUCGUGAUAACGCAGCUAACGAAGCGGGAAACAAAUUAAUUGGUGAAUAGUGAAGGCGCGUGCCAUUGGAGAGGGCGUUACAUCAAUACCUCAUUCAACUUCAUGCAUUCUCAAUGUAUUCCUUAUUCUACCUCUCAAUGUAUUGUAAUAACAAGUGCGAACCUCUUUGCGCUUCCUUG